AUGCCCCCAGUACCUCCACCCGUCUCGAUUUCAUCGAAUGGGGAUAGCAGCAAGCCGAGGCGAAAGCCGCUGACCCAAAAGCAGAAAGACUUCCUCUCGUCUGCGCUCAGAGUCAACCAGACCGGCGAGUUGGCUGCAACGCUCAUCUACGCAGCUCAGAUGCCGCUGCUGACCCGCACGCACCCACACUUGCGGCCCCUCAUGAAGCACAUGUAUAACCAAGAGAAGGGGCAUCUAGACACGUUCAACAAGCUCAUCACAAAGCACCGUGUCCGACCGACGGCGCUGUACCCUUUCUGGUACGCCGCAGCAACCGGACUGGGCUGGUCUACAGCAUUCCUAGGUCGCGAAGCCGCCAUGGCCUGUACAGAGGCCGUGGAGACGGAGAUUGGCACACACUACAAUGGGCAGAUCCGUGAAUUGCUCGAGAUGACUUCUGAGUGGACGGCUGAGGGGUACGAUGUAGGACCCGAACUGACGGACCUCAUUGAGACGCUGCGACGCAUUCGCGACGAGGAGCUGGAGCACCUCGACCACGCCGUGGAAAACGACGCCAAGAAGGCCGAGCCGCAUUGGCUGCUGACGGGCAUCAUUCGAGCCGGCUGCCGUGGUGCCAUCUGGGUCAGCGAGCGGGUCUGA